UUACACCCUUCGUAAGAGGCCUGCUUUAAUAUUCAUGAGGAGCCUGAGGAGGAGAGGAGAGGAGAGGCCACGCCGGGUGGGAGGGAGGAAAGAGGCGGUGGCGGCGGCUGCUGCUGCUGCUGCUGCUGCUGCCGCCUGCUGAUCCUGUUUCUUCGCCAGUCCCUAAUGGCGCUCGCGACAACGGCAGCAGCUGCGCGGCGGCAAGGCUGAGCCGAAUGGAACGUUAAGACACCGACGGAAUGUUCACUGUUGCUACAUAAUCCCGCGCCCCCUCCCCCUUCGGAACGCGGCUCGCCCGGGCGUUCUACAAUGGAACCUGCGCAGCAACCACAGCUUGGAAGCAGAGAAACGCCGGCCCCGAUGAUCGGCAAGGGGGAGCGGCCGAGCAACUCGGGCCAGGCAGCCCCCGGCAUCGAGAACGGCAAUGGCAUAGGAGGACCCAGCCCGUUGGAAGGUGGCAAAGGAACAGCCGCCGCCGCAGGAGCCGCGAGAACAGGGGUAGUCGGCGGCCACCAUCGGCGAAGGAAACGAGGGGCCGCGGCCACCGGCUGCAGUGCUUCGUUGGCGCUAGCGGCCAACGGGACUCAAGCGGCGGCGGCGCCGGCUAUUCCCAGCAGCGGCGCCAACUCCCUCCUGUUGCGGAGAGGCAGACUGAAGAGGAAUCUCUCGGCGGCUUCUUCCCCCGCCGCUCCGAUCGCCGCUGCCACCGCGCUGGGGACCCGCAGCUUAGAUCGGAAGACCCUGCUUUUGCUGCCCAAGCCGCCCCGGCAGCUUCAGCCUCUCCAAGCCCCAGAGCGAGACUGGGUGCGGCGGGACCUACAGCGAGGAUGCGUCCAUGUCUAUUAUUACUAUCACCAGCAGCAGCAGCAACAGCGGGGUAGCGGCGGCGGCAGCUGCUCUCUGCUCCCCGUGCUUUGCAACCUGGAGACCACGGCUGCUGAAGUGGCGCUUCGGUUGCUGCAGCUCGGACACCGGGGAGGAGGGAGUAGUAGCGCUGUCCGGGUUUGGGGGAAGGCGGCAGCCAUGGCCGAGGCUCCGCUGCCCCCUAAAGAAGAGGAGGCAGCAGAUGAUUUGCUCCUACAACCAUCAGCUUCUCUUGGCGGGAAAGAAGAGGCGCUGCCCGAGCCCGUGGAGGCUCCGACUUCUCCAGCGGGAAGUUUAACCCCGAUCCCAGUCGGGAGAAGGCCCCGAAGCCGUCGAGGGGCCCCGAACGGCUUGGGAGCUGGAGAGGCGGCGGUUGUUCGGCCCAGGCGCCUGGCUCUCAGUGGAGGAGAGAGCGGCCUGGCGAGUGGGCAGCCCAGCCUUUCCCCCUCCGACUGCAGCCCCGGACGGGCCUUUCCGCCGCCCCGUACCGAACUCUACCUGUCCGGCCCUCCGCUCUCUUGCCCGUCCCUCUUGGGAGGGUCGGAUACCGAGAGCUUCAGCCCCAGCGCCGAGAGCGCCUCCGACCGCCUGGAUCCUUAUAGCGGGGGCGGGGGCUCUUCGUCGUCUUCGGAAGAAUCGGAAGCGGAUCUUGCGCCUCCAGCCGCGGCGAAGGAAGAAGGAGCAGGAUCGGGGCCUGGAAGGAGCCAGCCACGCCGGCCAGGCGAUCCGCUUUCGGUGCACAGUCCGGAAUCCCGACUAGGGAGAGCUUCGGGGGACUCCCCGGGCAAGGGGAAGGCUUUGCGGAGAAGUUCCUCUCCUGCUGGGGAAGCCGCCUCUCCGCAGCAGCCUCCGGCCUUGUAUGUCCAGCUCCACGGAGAGACCGCCCGCAGGCUGGAAUCGCACGAGAAGCCCCUGCAGAUUCAAAACGACUACCUCUCGCAGCUGGGCUUCCGGGACCUGUGGCGGGUGCAGGAGGAGGGCAUGGACUCGGAGACCGGCUGCCUCAUCCGUUUCUAUGCAGGAAAGCCCAACAGCACUGGCAACUCUGAACGGAUUCAGCUCUCAGGAAUGUACAAUGUUAGAAAAGGGAAAAUGCAUUUGCCGGUCAACAGAUGGACAAGACGCCAAGUUAUCCUUUGCGGGACGUGCCUAAUAGUAUCAUCGGUGAAAGAAAGCCAGACUGGAAAAAUGCACGUGCUCCCCUUAAUUGGUGGAAAGGUUGAAGAAGUUAAAAAGCACCAGCACUGUUUAGCAUUUAGCUCAUCUGGACCUCAAAGUCAGAGUUACUACAUCUGCUUUGACACUUUCACUGAGUACUUGCGGUGGCUUCGGCAAGCUUCAAAGAUUGCAUCCCAGCGAAUAAGCUCAGUGGACCUCUCAUGUUGCAGCCUGGAGGAUAUGCCUGUCAAUCUUUUUUAUAGCCAGGACCUCACUCAUCUCAAUUUGAAGCAAAAUUUCCUACGGCUGAACCCUAGCUCAUCAAUGGUCAGAGGACUUGACGACCUACAAAGGUUCAGUAAGCUGAGGAGCUUAAACCUUUCCAACAAUCAUUUAGGAGAUUUCCCUUUGGCGGUGUGCAGCAUUCCAACCUUAACCGAGCUCAAUUUGUCCUGCAAUGCACUCAGAAGUAUACCAGCAGCUGUUGGAGAUAUGAACAAUUUACAGACCUUCUUGUUGGAUGGGAACUUCCUCCAGAGCCUUCCAGCUGAGUUGGAAAGGAUGCAUCAGCUUAGUUAUUUAGGCCUCUCUUUCAAUGAAUUCGGUGACAUUCCUGACGUCCUGGAGAAACUUACUGCCAUGGACAAACUCUGCAUGUCUGGAAAUUGUAUGGAGACACUAAGUUUGCCAAUACUAAGGAAAAUGCCACACAUAAAACAUAUAGAUUUAAGGUUAAAUGUGAUUAGAAGGUUGAUGGGCGAUGAGAGUGACUUCCUACAUCAUGUGACCCAGCUCGAUCUUCGGGAUAAUAAGCUAGGAGAGUUAGAUGCAACUAUCUUCAAUAACGUUGAAAUACUACACUGUGAAAGAAACCAGCUGGUAACCCUCAAAAUCAGUGGAUACUUACUUAAAGCUCUUUAUGCCACUUCAAAUGAACUUGUUCACCUUGAUGUGUAUCCAGUUCCAAAUUAUCUAACUUAUUUGGAUGUUUCUAGAAAUCACUUGGAGAGCCUUCCAGAAUGGGUUUGUGAUAGCCGAAAGUUAGAAGUACUGGAUCUGGGUCACAAUCAUAUACGUGAACUUCCCUCUAGGUUAUUUUGCAAUAUCAGCUUGCGAAAAUUACUUGCUGGACACAAUCAGUUGGAAAGGCUGCCAGAGAGGAUUGAACGAACUCAUGUGGAAGUCCUGGAUGUGCAACACAACCAACUUGUGGAGCUGCCAUCUAAUCUGCUGCUAAAAGCUGAUAGCUUAAGGUACUUGAAUGCUUCUGCCAACAAACUGGAAAUGUUACCUCCAGCCACUCUUUCAGAGGAGACCCAUAGUAUUUUACAAGAACUUUAUUUGACCAACAAUCACCUCACAGAUAAAAGUGUCCCCUUGUUAACCGGUCAUCCUCACCUAAAGAUACUACAUAUGGCCUAUAAUCGCUUGCAAAGCUUUCCCGCAAGUAAAAUGGCCAAACUUGAAGAGUUGGAAGAAAUCGACGUUAGUGGCAAUAAGCUGAAAUCCAUUCCAACAACGAUCAUGAAUUGUCGCCGCAUGCAUACCGUGAUUGCACACUCCAAUUGCAUCGAAGUCUUUCCAGAAGUCAUGCAACUUGGCGAGAUCAAGUGUGUGGAUCUGAGCUGUAACGAGUUGGCUGAAGUCACGUUGCCUGAAACCUUGCCUCCGAAGCUGCAGGAACUAGACCUGACUGGAAACCCCAGGCUAGUUCUGGAUCACAAAACCUUGGAGCUGCUGAAUAAUAUUCGUUGUUUCAAGAUUGACCAGCCUUCUGCUGGAGACGCCUCUGGAGCCCCAGCCGUGUGGAGCCAUGGUUACACGGAAGCAUCCGGAGUUAAGAACAAGCUAUGUGUGGCAGCUCUUUCUGCCAAUAACUUCUGUGAGAACAGGGAGGCACUCUAUGGAGUCUUUGAUGGGGAUCGCAACGUGGAAAUACCCUACCUUCUACAAUGUACCAUGAGCGAUAUCUUGGCAGAAGAGCUGCAGAAAACCAAGAACGAAGAGGAGUACAUGAUCAACACUUUCAUUGUAAUGCAGAGGAAGCUUGGAACUGCUGGGCAGAAGCUUGGAGGCUCUGCUGUCCUUUGCCACAUCAAACACGACCCAUUAGAUCCAGGUGGAUGCUUCACAUUAACCUCAGCAAAUGUGGGAAAGUGCCAAUCCGUUCUCUGCAGGAACGGGAAGCCUCUGCCUUUGUCUAGGUCUUACAUGAUGAGCUGUGAGGAAGAGCUGAGGAGAAUCAAGCAGCACAAGGCCAUUAUUACAGAAGAUGGCAAAGUGAAUGGUGUAACAGACUCAACAAGGAUUUUGGGAUAUACCUUCCUUCACCCAAGUGUUGUUCCACGCCCCCACGUGCAGUCCAUUACUUUGACUCCUCAGGACGAAUUCUUCAUUCUGGGCAGCAAAGGCCUGUGGGAUAGUCUCUCCAUCGACGAAGCUGUGGAGGCUGUCAGGAACGUGCCCGAUGCCCUUGGAGCUGCCAAGAAACUUUGCACGUUGGCUCAGAGCUAUGGCUGCAACGAUAGCCUCAGUGCCGUGGUGGUUCAGCUCAAUGUAACUGAGGAUAGCUUCUGCUGCUGUGAGUUAAACGGGGUCCCUCCCAGCCCGGGCAGCUUCCCUCAGUCUGUCAACGUAAUAAUCAAAGAUAAGCCUUCUGAUGCUUUGGGGAUGCCUUCGUCGAGCAGUGGCAUGGCCUCUGAGAUCAGCAGCGAGAUCUCCACUUCCGAAAUGAGCAGUGAGGUUGGAUCCACGGCCUCUGACGAGCCACCUCAUGUAACUAUGAACGAAAACAGCCCCGCUUACCCUAAUGAACAGCGCUGUAUGCUCCACCCAGUUUGCCUCUCCAACUCCUUCCAAAGGCAACUGUCCAGCGCUACGUUUUCCAGCGCCUUUUCAGACAAUGGCCUUGACAGCGAUGAUGAGGAGCCAAUCGAAGGGGUCUUUUCCAAUGGCAGCAGAGUUGAAGUGGAAGUGGACAUCCAUUGUGGUCGGGCCAAGGAGAAGCAGUUGCUGCUGCAGGCCCCGGUGGAAGUCAGUGACGAGGGCAUCGUCAUCGGGGCGAAUGAAGAAGACGCCUGCCUCCUUCGAAAGGCCGACUCUUCUGCCACUGGCACUAUUGGGCGCCGCCGAGGCAAUGGCUCAGUGGCUCCUCAGGAGAGGAGCCACAACCUAAUUGAAGUAGCAGCCGAUGCGCCACUCAGGAAGACGGGGGGCUAUUUUGCCGCUCCAGCUCAGCCAGAUCCAGAUGAUCAGUUCAUCAUCCCACCAGAGCUUGAGGAAGAGGUGAAGGAGAUAAUGAAGCAACAUCAUGAGCAGCAGCAACAACAACAGCAGCAGCAGCAGCAACAACAACAGCAGCAGCAGCAGCAGCAGCAGCAACAACGUCAAUAUCAGCUGGACCAACUGCCCGAUUAUUACGACACACCACUAUGACGGCGCUUUGGGAAACAAGCUAACAAGACAUUAAGAGCUGGAAGCUCCUUAGGUUUGUAUUACACUAAUGAGGUGAGGAAGGAAGAAAGCUUUUUUUUCCCACUUUCUUGUCCAGAUCUUUCCCUUUAAUUGAGAAGUGCAGCUGCUUCUUGUUUGUUAGCUGUAAUGAUCACCAACCUUAUUUUCUCUUCCCCCCCCCUUUUCUAGUGAUGCUUCACUGGUUAGAAAUUAAUCUAGUUUAACUCGUCCCCUUCCUUAACAUAUCAGAUGUGUAAAAAAAAAAGUGGAGAAAAAUUAAAAUGCAAAAGGUUUAAUAUAUUACAAAGAAACUGAUGACGAUGUUGAUGUAAUAUUUUUUAAAAUUGUUCUUUUUUUUCCUCUGUCUGUUUGGAAAACAGGGCAGUAUUGCCAGUGCUCAAUGAUUAAGUAAUAUUGUAAUACUGUAUUUCUUUGAGAGAAAAAAAAAGGCUUUUUUGGUCUUGAAAAUGGAUAGACAUUUGUAGAAUUAUGGAGACUAACUCCUAGGAGUUGCUUUUACUCUUUCAGGUGACUUUAAGUCACUGAGACUCACUAAUUUUCUCUGAGAGAACAGCUGAUUGGGAAAUUCCUGUAAAUAACUCAGUGUUGUAUAGAGAUGCUUCAUGUUUUUUUGUUGUUUUUUUUGGGGUAGACCUGGCAGGAGGGCACAACCUAGUAAACUGACAUUGCCCCUCCCCCGUUUCCAUUUACACCCGGAAGCUUUCGCAUGUAUGUCAAAGCUACCAUCGAUGCUACCAAAUUGGGAGGGUAGGAAAAUCCUGUCAACUUAUAGCCCUCUCAGCGGGUGAAGUGACGAAAUACGUGAGGCCUUGAUGACCUACUGUGUCUAUACCACCAUGUCCGGUUGCCAUUUGAUUUGGCUGGGCCCAAGUCACCGGGGAGGGGGGGGGACUGUGUUCUCAUAUGAGGUUGCCCACAAGUGAUGACAUUUUUGGAUUCUGAUCCAUACAAAAUUAGCAGGAACAGCUGUAACAAGCUGUGUAGACUUCAGUGGGCUACAGGUCCUUGUGUUAAUUUUUUUCCUCAGUCUUCACCAUUAACUUUUUUGGCACAUUUUUGUGUGUUCUUCCCUGCUGUCACAACAACAACCAGCAUGAUUGUAUAGAGUUCAUUUACUGUAGAUCAUUUACAUACCAAGAGUUAUAUUAAAGAAGAAUGCACAAAUGAACAUGUCAUAAUUUUUCUUAUAAUAAAUAUAAAAAUUUACAAAUA